AUGUCUCUCUCACAAUCCCCAUACCUCGUCAACACCGCCGGCGUCAUCGGCCACCUCCUCAUCCUAGGCGGCUCCGGCGCAAUCUUCAGCCCUCGCUCAGUAAUCGGAGCUUUCGGCCUCGACACCCCUUCCUCGCCUGAAGCUCAGAAGCUAGUCGAUUUACUUAUCCCUCUGUACGGCUUCAGAGAAGUUUCGCUUGGCUUGUCUAUGGUUGCCGUUUGGCGAUACGGCAAUGUCAAGACUUUGGGUUUGACAACUUUGGCAGUAGUUGCCACUGCUCUUGGUGAUGGAUGGAUUGCGAGGAAGCAAAGGAAGGGGAUGGAGUGGGUGCAUUGGGGGUUGGCGCCGGUUGCGUUGGGGUUGGGAGCUGGGUUGCUUGGAUACCUUGAUUGA